ACAGAAUUCCUGUAUGUCAUAGCCCAUCUGGACUGCUGUAACAAAAAUGCCACAGCCUGGGUGGCUUAUAAACAGCGGACACUUUUUGCUCACACUUCUGGGGGCUGGAAGUUCUAGAUGGAGGUGUGGCAGAUUUGCUGUCCUCCGAAGUCCCCUUCCUGGCUCAUAUCCGGCGCCUUCUCACUGGGUCGUCAUGUGGAAGAGGGGGCGAGGGAGCUCUCUGAGGCCUCUUUAAUGGGGGCACGAUUCCCAUUCAUGAGGCUUCACCCUCACGACCUCCUCACCUCCCAAGGCCUCGCCUCCUAAUCCCAUCAUCUUGAGGGUUGGGAUUCUGACUUGUGCAUUUUGGGAGGACACAAACAUUGGGUUCUUCCCAGUGUGUGACCCGGCAAUUCCACUCCUAGGGAUAUACCAAGGAUAAGUGAAAAUCUACGUCCACACAGAAACUUACAUUGAGUGUUCCCAACAGCAUUAUUCAUAAAAGCCAAAAUGUUGGCCCAACCCAGUGCCCAUCCACAGACGAAUGACUAAGCGAAAUGUGGCAUGUCCCUGCAGUGGGAUAUUAUUCAGUCGUGAGAAGGAAUGAAGCUCUGACACGUGCUACAUAGCAGGUGAACCUUCUGCAACAUGAAAAAUUCAGACACAUCAACCCACAUCGCGUGUAUGUGUAUGCCUCCUGGGCGUGUCCCCUGGAUGCCUCCUCUGUCCACCUGAUGCCCACAGCACCAGCCUCCAGCCCCCCAACAGCAUCCUCGGCUCACCAUUGACUUUUUCUUCUCUUGCUCUCCACAUCCAAGCCGUCCGCCACUCUUAUUAAUUGAUUGGUUGAUUGACACAGUGUCUCCCUCUGUUGUCCUGGCUGGGGUGCAGUGGUGCAAUCACAGCUCACCACAACCUUGACCUCCCAGUCUCAAGCGAUCCUCCCGCCUUGCCCUACCAAGAUUCUGCGAUUACAGGUGCGCACCAUUAUGCAAGGCCCACUCCUUCAACUCAAACCACAAAAAGCAGCAGCCCCCUCCGGCAGUUGCCUGCCUUCUUCCUCAUGAGUAUCCCAUCCUUCCUGCUCACAAACCUCCCGACAGCCAUUUCCAGAACAGCAGAGUGAUGCUGUGAAAAUGAUUCCAUUUCUCGCACAAAAUCUGCUAGUAACUCCCUACUUUGCUCAGAAUAAAGGCCACCAUCCUCACCAUGACCCAUGUGGUUUCAUGCCCUGCCCUCCUGCGGCAUCUCGGCUCCUUGUGUCUCUCAAGUCGCCACACCAGCCUCCCCCCAGGACCUCUGCAUGCUCCCUCGUCAGCCCCAGACACACCUUCCUCCCUGGAGGCCGCCUGCCCACCUUGUGGCAAGGGGCAACCCCUGCCCUGAUCCAGCCUGGCCCACGCCCUGAGUUUGCCUUCUCCCCACGGCCCGGGUCUGGUCCGAGGCAGCUACGUCACUCUGUCCUCUCCCCAGGGGGGAAGGGAUUUGGUUUUGUUCUCUGCUGCACCCAGUGCUGGCUGGCAGAGAGGGGUGUCCCAGGAAGGACCGGGACACAAAGGAAGGGAGGGACAGGACUCAAGCACCUGUGCCCACAUGCUUGGUGGGCAAGGGGCGGGGGUAUCCUGCAGGGAAGGUGGGACUCAGCCCGUGGUGUCCCCAGCAGCGUCUUGCCCCUGGAACUCCCUCCCUACAUCUGUUCAUCUGAGUGGCCUUCGUCCUCAAUGCAGCCAGUGUUAAGGUGGACACGCACACGUGACCUCAUGGGGCUGUGUGAUGUCACAGCAGGCGGGGUGGUGUGUGCCCAGCUUGGUCCCACAGUCCACAGUCAGCGGCAGACAGGGGUGGCCAGUUUGUUGUUUUACCUAAAAGGUGUUUUCCACGUGGAGUAGGACUGAGAGGCACGGGUGGCUGAGGGGACCCGCCUGGGACGUGAGGCGCAGGCGUGCUUGGCCCCUUCAUCUGUCAGCUGCAGCAAUGGAAUACGUGCUGGAAGUGAAGAAGUCUCCGUGGCACCUCCUGAAGCAAUUCACAGUGUGUGACGUUCCUCUGUAUGACAUUUGUGACUACAACGUCUCCAGGGACCGAUGCCAGGAGCUCGGGUGCUGCUUCUACGAAGGCGUCUGCUACAAGAAAGAGGUUCCCAUUUACAUCCACGUGUUCUCCGCCUUGAUUGUGAUCAUCGCUGGGGCCUUCGUCAUCACCAUCAUCUACAGAGUCAUUCAGGAGAGCAGGAAGGAAAAGGCCAUCCCUAUGGAUGUCACGCUGCCACAGAAGUCCAGCGAAAAGGCGGAGUUGGCCUCAUCCAGCAGCAAGUUAGGGCUGAAGCCUGCGAGUCCUGGGCCUCCAAGUGCUGGGCCCUCAAUGAAGAGUGACGAGGAUAAGGAUGAUGUAACAGUGACAAUAACAGAAGCCGAAGAAACUGAGGACUGACUGAGAUGCAUGAAGAAGUGGAGAUUGUCAGAAUUAUCCAAAUGAAAUGGUACAGCAGGUGCACUGUUAACAGUGUGAUGGAAUGACCACCCAAAGAGAAAAAAAUAAAGGUAUUUUGAAAAUUG